ACCUGCUGACAGCCACCUGACUGGAAUACUGUAGUCAUAACUGUAGCUGGCUAUAUAAGAACUCCUCAGACAGCUCUACAACACCCACAGGUGCUUCUACCUCAGUCUUCAGCACAUACACUGACAUCGAGCCAGUCAAGAUGAAGUUGCUGCUUGUUGUUGCUGCUGUUCUGGCUGUGGCCAGCUGUGCCAGCAUCUCUCUGGAAGAUCUGGAGUUUCAUGCCUGGAAACUCAAGUUUGAAAGAUCCUACCACUCUCCAUCAGAGGAGGCUCACCGGAGGCAGAUCUGGCUCAACAACCGCAAAUUUGUGCUUGUACACAACAUCUUGGCAGACCAGGGUUUGAAGUCCUACCGCCUCGGCAUGACCUACUUUGCUGACAUGGAAAAUGAAGAGUACAAACGAGUGAUUUCCCAGGGCUGCCUUCACUCCUUCAAUGCUUCUCUGCCUCGUCGUGGCUCUACCUUCUUCAGACUUAGACUACCUGAAGGUACUGAUCUGCCCGACACUGUUGACUGGAGAGAUAAGGGAUACGUCACUGAUGUCAAGGAUCAGAAGCAGUGUGGCUCCUGCUGGGCCUUCAGUGCAACUGGCUCACUGGAGGGUCAGCACUUCAGGAAGACAGGAAAGCUGGUGUCUCUGAGCGAGCAGCAGCUGGUCGACUGCUCGGGAGACUAU